AUGUCUUUGUUAUGCACAAAAUCAGGUAUGUUGGGGCUCCUUCUCUUUUUCACUUGUCUGUUCUCAUCGUCAUUCUAUGUCUGCAUUUCAACUCCUCCAGAAGAGCACAUCAAGUGUUCAUCAUCCAGCAACACCAACUGCACCAUCACAAACUCCUAUGGCACCUUCCCCGAUCGAACGGUGUGUAGGGCAGGCAGUGUAGCGUACCCUUCUACAGAGGAAGAACUAAUAUCAGUUGUGGCCUAUGCAACAAAGAGCAAGACCAAAAUGAAGGUGGCAACUCGUUUCUCUCAUAGCAUUCCAAAGCUGGUUUGCCCAGGGGGCCAAGAUGGGCUGAUCAUAAGCACCAAGUACCUCAAUCGUGUGGUGGAGAUUGAUGCUGAAGCAAAGACCAUGACAUUGGAGAGUGGGGUGACUCUCAAGCAGCUCAUCGGUGAGGCUGCCAAGGUAGGGCUGGCCUUGCCUUAUGCACCAUAUUGGUGGGGCUUGACCAUUGGAGGCAUGUUGGGGACUGGGGCACAUGGCAGCACAUUAUGGGGAAAGGGAAGCUCGGUGCAUGAUUAUGUGGUAGGGCUUAGAAUUGCAAGUCCAGGAGGGCCUGAAGAUGGUUAUGUCAAGAUUCGGAGGCUCAGUGAUGGUGAUAAAGAUCUUAAUGCAGCCAAAGUUUCACUUGGAGUUCUAGGAGUAAUUUCACAGGUUACUCUAAAUUUGCAACCCAUGUUUAAACGAUCCAUUACAUAUUUACGCAAGAGCGAUUCUGACUUGGGAGAUCAAGUAGUUGGGUUUGGCAAGCAACAUGAGUUUGCAGACGUGUUAUGGUACCCCAGCCAGCACAAGGCAGUCUAUCGGAUGGAUGAUCGAGUCUCCUCAAAUACCUCUGGCAAUGGCUUCUUUGACUUCAUUCCUUUCCGACCCACAUCUUCACUUGAACUUGCAAUUAUCAGAACCACAGAGGAGAAUCAAGAAUCCACUAGGGAUGCUGAUGGGAAAUGCUCUGGUGCAAAGUUGGUCACAUCUGCUCUCAUAAACAAUGCUUAUGGUUUAACAAACAAUGGUGUGAUCUUUACUGGCUAUCCUGUUAUUGGAUAUCAGAACCGCCUUCAAGCAUCCGGGACCUGCCUUGACAGUCUUGAGGAUGCAAGGAUAACGGCAUGCGCAUGGGACCCCAGGAUCAAGGGAGAGUUUUUUCAUCAAACAACAUUCAGCAUCAGCUUGUCUGUGGCUAAAAAUUUCAUUCAAGAUGUGAAAAAGCUGGUGGAGAUUGAACCCAAAGCUCUGUGUGGAGUAGAUAUCUACAAUGGCAUCCUUCUGCGCUACGUUACAGCCUCAAGCGCUUACCUUGGCAAGCAAGAAAAUGCAAUUGACUUCGAUAUCACGUACUAUCGAAGCAAAGACCCCAUGGCUCCUAGGCUUUACCAAGGCAUACUUGAAGAAAUAGAGCAGAUGGCGGUGUUCAAGUAUGGAGCAUUGCCACAUUGGGGAAAGAACAGGAACAUAGUCUUUGAUGGAGUGAUGAAAAAGUACAAGCGCGCCAAAGAGUUCUUGAGGGUUAAAGAUGUUUAUGAUCCAAUGGGGCUUUUCUCUAGUGAAUGGACAGACCAAGUCCUUGGUCUUAAGGGUGGGGUGACUAUAGUGAAAGAGGGGUGUGCACUAGAAGGGUUGUGCAUUUGCUCACAGGACAUCCAUUGUGCCCCUAGCAAGGGAUACUUGUGUAGACCUGGGAAAGUCUUUGAGGGUGCAAGGAUUUGUACAUUUGUGGCUAAGAACUGUGCCGCUAACUAG